CACACCAACAAGGAGGGGACUCCUUCCCUUACCGAAUUUAAGCAUCCUGAUGUCUGAUGAAGUGACCUAUGCGACACUGAUGCUUCAGGACUCUGCAAGAGUGAGGGGGAAUCAGGAUGGAAAUAACCUAAGAAAAGAAGGACACCCAGCUCAAUCCUCACUUUGGCGAGUCGCUGCCUUGAGUUUGAUGACCCUCUGCUUGGUGCUGGUAACAGGACUGGUGACCUUGGCAACUAUGUUUUUGCAGGUGUCUAAUGACGUUAACUCUGAUUCAGAGAAGUUGAGUCAGCUUCCGGAAAUCACCCAUCCACAGCAGGACAAUCUGUCUGAACCGCCGAACAGCUCCAGAAAGAGUCUCACGGAGGAGUCUCUCCAGUCCCAGAUCUCUGCCCUACUGGAGAGGCAGGAGCAGAUGGCCACCAAACUCUGCAAGGAAUUCCUCAUCCACGCUUCUGACCAUAAAUGCAACCCUUGUCCCAAGACAUGGCAAUGGUAUGGAAACAGUUGCUACUAUUUCUCAAUCAAUGAAGAGAAAUCCUGGAGUGAUAGCAGAAAGGACUGUACAGACAAGAAUGCCACUCUGGUGAAGAUUGACAGCACCGAAGAAAGGGAUCUCCUCCAGUCACAGCUGUCCCUCACAUUUUCUUUCUUUUGGCUGGGAUUGUCCUGGAACUCAUCUGGCAGAAACUGGCUGUGGGAGGAUGGUUCAUUCCCCCCUCCAACCCUGUUUAGUGAUAAGGAGCUUGCGAGUUUCAAUGGAUCCAGAGAGUGUGCUUAUUUUGAAAAAGGGAAUAUUUACGUUUCUCGCUGUAGUGCUGAAAUUUCUUGGAUUUGUGAGAAGAGAGCCUCCCUGGUGAAGAUUGAAGAUUUGGAUUAAUCUGACUCUUCCAGAUCUAUCAAGAAGUAAAGACCUAUUGCAAACCCAUGCAAGAAAGAAGAAAGCUACAAUAUUUGAGUCAACUAAAAAUUGACUGUGUACUUAAACUAUUGCACUGUGGACAAACCUGCUUCUCAGAACAUUCUCCUCUUCACGUCUGAUUCCCUCUGACCUGUUCUGAUUACUUAGAUCUUAAAAUGAUGUCAAGUACCCAGGAAAGUACAUGUCUUCUCAGUCUGUCUGUCAAUAAACAUUGUUUCUUGCUUUAUUCUUACAUGUCUACGUGGAUACUGGGUAAUAUUUAAAUAUUUACCACGAGACCAACACAGGCCACAGUUUGGGAGCAAGUUCUAGGAGACCCCUGUUAUAAAAGCUGCUCAAUCAUGUACAGGCCUGAGGGAGCCCAAGGUAAAGGACCUGGGACAACGUUGCUGUGUUGCUGAAUUGAAAAUAUUUUACUGUUUUAGAGAUCAUCUGUCUAAAC